AUGAUUCCUUCAAGACAACAAAUUUUAAAGUAUAUUAAUAUAUCCAUAAUUAUAAUUGGAAUAUUUUUAGUAUUUCAUGGAAUUACAAAUGCGUUAUUUUCUAAGCAUCCUGAAAAUGAAUUGUCAAGUAAAUCUGUAACACAUAGUUCAUUAAUAACAGGAAUAAUUGUUAUUAGUUAUUCAAUAUAUUGUUUUAAACAAUAUAUAAAUUAUAACAAAAAAGAAAUGUAUUUAUUAAUAAUUUCUAUUGGUUGUUUAAUUAUUAUGUAUUGUAUUUUAUCAAUAUUUACUAAUUCAAUAACAACAUAUUCAAUUAAUUCAAUAAUAAAAAAAGAACAACUUAUUGGUGUUGAAAAUGAAUUUAAUUGUUGUGGAUGGAAAGAACCAAGAAAUUAUUGUUCUUCGAAGAUAUUACCAACAUGUUAUCAUGUAUUAAUUACACCACAUAAUACUUAUAAAACUAUUACUUCUUUAAUUACUUUAUUAGAAAUUAUUCAUAUAGUAAUAUUAUUAAUUGGUACUUGUAUUUCUUAUAAACCAACAAAAAGAAAAGAAGAUUUUUAUUCAAUGUACACAAAUAUUGGUGAAAAAUGA